AUGACGGAAGCCGAUGAAACUUCCGAGGACGACCGCUCCGUCGAGCUGUCUUCCAUAGCGGCAAUUUUCCCUGAGAUCAAAAUAAACCCCGAGUCGCCUUUCAAAGCUACGCUAGACCUGCCAGUCGCGCUACCGUCGCCAACCAAAGUCUACUUCCAGCAGCCUGUCGAUGUCGGUUUUCCUGCGGCGUUGACUCCACCUACGUCCAUCGAUGAACACAAGGCUGAACUUGAUCAAACCGCAGCUAGGGACGUCCAUGUCCUGUCCUAUCUACCACCAGUCAACCUUCACAUUGAACUACCGGACGGCUACCCCUCCGAAAAGCCCCCACGUGUGCAGUUGAAUACCCAACCGCCAUGGUUGCCAGCACCCAUUCUUGCGAAGCUAUCCAAUGACUGCGAACGUUUGUGGAAAGAGUGUGGGCAGGAUAUGGUGGUAUUUACAUACAUCGACCAUCUGCAACAACUUGCUGAAACCGCGUUUGGGAUUCAAGACACAAAUGACGGAGAACUAUAUUUGGCACGGGACCUGAAGAUCCCGUUACUGGACUUCAAUAGUAAAACCGAGCGGGAAAAAUUUGAGCAAGGGACAUUCGAAUGUGGGAUAUGUCUGGAGCCAAAGAAAGGUGCCAGCUGCCACCGUCUGUUGCGUUGCUCUCACGUCUUUUGCGUCCCCUGCCUGCAAGACUUUUAUAAUACGUGUAUCACCGAGGGGGAUGUCGACAGCGUGAAGUGUCUUGCUCCAGACUGCGACAAGAAUCAACACCCCACACCAGCUCCGGGGAGCGAAGUACAGACUCCUCGUCGUAAGAAAGAUCGUACCAUCGGUCCGAGUGAACUCCUACAGAUCCCCUUGUCAACAGAGACAGUGCAGCGAUAUGUCUUCCUCAAGCGCAAGAAGAAGAUAGAAGCAGACACCAAUACAGUGUACUGCCCACGCCAUUGGUGCCAAGGCGCAGCACGAUCAAAAAGGCACCCGAAACCGCAGGAUCCAAUGGAAGAUGACGAUGGAUCAGACGACGAUGAGGCUUCGCCCACAGAACCGAACGGUAAGGUGGAUGAGGCACCCAGCCGUGAAAAUCGCCUUGCUAUCUGUGAAGACUGCAACUACGCCUUCUGUGCCAUUUGUAAAAAAGGUUGGCACGGCGAUCUAGUAUUUUGUGUACCGCGCCUCCAGGCAGAGCCUACGGAGGAAGAAAAGGCGACAGAAGAAUACUUCCGUCUCUACACUACUCACUGUCCAACCUGCAAUGUACCUUGCCAGAAGCUUAUGGGAUGUAACCAUAUGCGGUGUGUCAAAUGCGACACGCACUUCUGUUACCUCUGCUCAGCCUGGCUUUCGCCUGAUAACCCAUAUCGCCACUUCAACGAGGAAGGUCGCUACUGUUACAACCGGCUAUGGGACCUGGAAGGUGGUGAUGGUGAGAAUCCUAUCGGUGCCGACGCACUGCAUAAUAUUUUCGAGGUUGACUCGGAUGACGAUGCUCCCAAUGAGCUCUUCUGGGAUCUGCAUUCGAGCGACGAGGAACCCGAGCCUGAAGCUGAACCUCCUCGCCGUCGCCACCGAGCUCCGCCCCCUGCACCGAUUCCCCUCGCCCCAAUGCCGCCGCACGAGACGCGGAAGAACGGGUCAUGCGUGCCGUCGAAGUAG